CCUGCCUGCCUUCACCAUCGGGAUCUUUACUACACACUCAGUGCCAUGCUUAGCAAUUUAUCAAAUAUCACCCCAUCGGAUCCUUCCAAGAGCCCAGGAGUAAGAGCAGAAGGGUUUGCCGAGGGCACCCAGUGAGGGUGAGGGAGGCCUGGUGCCCGGGCUGCUCUCGAGGGCCCUCAGUCUGCACCACCCAGGACAGUGGCUUCAGCCACACGUGGCCACAGAGCACGUGAAACGUGGCAGGUUUGCAGUGAGAUGCACCGUGAAUGAACGAAACACACCUGAGUUCAAAGAACCACAGAGAACCAAAGUGUCUCAUUAGUAAUUUUUAACGAUAAUAUGUUGAAUAUAUUUGGUUUAAAAUUAUAUGAUUAAAAUUAAUUCCCCAUUUCUUUUAAACUUUUCUAAAGUGGCUACUAGGAAAUUCCACAUAACCCAUUAGGUCCAUCAGACAGCGCGGCAGGUGCCAUCGUGGCAGGUGCUUCCCACAAAGGAAGACGGCUGUGGCCACUGCUGCCCCAGUUUACAGAUGAGGAAACUGAGGCUCAGUACAGGCAGGCACCUUGCCAAGGAAACACGGCUGGUGGGCAGAUGGAGCCAAGGUGGAAGCCUCGGCUUGCUCUCCUCCCCAAAUCCCUUGCCUCACGCUCCCCCAGAAUUCAGUCCAUCGGGCAACACGUCUGCCCAGCGCUUUCCUGGGCCUGGCACUGUGUCAGUGCUGCAAGCAGGGCCCCCCUGGCAUUCACAGGUGGCUCCUCCGUCCCUCGGGCGCCUGUGAGGACGGGACACAGACGACCGCCCCCGCUGCCCCCACCGGCAUGGGGUUGAACCACGUGAAAUUGCCAUUUUCCUAAGUCAGGAGGAGCUGAAUGUUAGCAACGCCACGUGGUCGAUGGCAACAGCCUUCAGUAUGUGAUGGGUCAGGCAAUGGUCCUUCCGGCAUCUGCCUGUCCUACCUGCUCUCAGGCUACACCCCGUACGUGAAGCCGGACGCCGUCCACCCGCACCCCCUGCUGCAGAAGAAGCUCACCGAGGCGCCGGGGGUCUCCAUCCUUGACCAGGACCUGGCUUACCUGUCCGAGGGCCUGGAAGGUCGUUGUCAAAGCCCCGUAGCCUUGCUCUUUGACACCCUCCUGCGUCCAGACACAGACUUUGGGGGAAACAUGGAGUCUGUCCUCACCUGGAAGCACCAGAAGGAGCGAGCCAUCCCCCACGUCGUCCUGGGCCGGAACCUCCCCGGGGGCGCCUGGCAUUCCAUCGAAGGCUCCAUGGUGACCCUGAGCCAAGGCCAGUGGAUGGGGCUCCCAGACCUGCAGGUCAAGGACUGGAUGCGCAGGAAGUGCAGGGGUCUGCGCAACAGCCGGGCCACAGCCGGGGACAUCGCCCAUUACUACAGGGACUACGUGACCAAGAAGGGACUGGGCCAUAGCUUCGUGUCCGGCGCCGUGGUCACAGCUGUGCAGUGGGGGGUGCCCAAGCCCGGUGGCUCUGGGGCCCAGGACCCCAGCCCCCUCUUCCAAGUGAGCGGCUUCCUGGCAACCAAGGAGCAGAGCCGGCAGCCCUUCUCCCUGUGCGCUCGCAACGUGGUCCUGGCCACGGGCACGUCUGAUAGCCCAGCCCGGCUGGACAUCCCCGGGGAGGCCCUGCCCUUCGUCCACCACGAGCUCUCGGCCCUGGAGGCGGCCACGCAGGCGGGCACGCUGACCCCGGCCUCAGACCCCGUCCUCAUUGUGGGUGCCGGGCUGUCGGCGGCAGACGCCGUUCUCUACGCCCGCCACUACGGGGUCCCUGUCAUCCACACCUUCCGCCGGCCCGUGGACGACCCCGGCCUGGUGUUCAACCAGCUGCCCAAGAUGCUGUACCCCGAGUACCACAAGGUGCACCAGAUGAUGCGGGAGCAGUCCAUCCUGUCCCCCAGCCCCUACGAGGGCUACCUCAGCCUGCCCCAGCACCAGCUGCUGCUCUUCAAGGAGGACCGCCAGGCCGUGUUCCGCGACCCCCACGGCCUCAAGAAGGUCUUCGACGUCUCGCUGGUGCUGGUCCUCAUCGGCUCCCACCCAGACCUCUCCUUCCUCCCCGGGGGAGGCACCGACCUCGCCGUGGACCCCGGGCAGCCACUGAGCGCCAAGAGGAACCCCGUGGACGUGGACCCCUUCACCUACCAGAGCACCCACCAGGAGGGCCUGUACGCCAUGGGGCCGCUGGCCGGGGACAACUUCGUGCGCUUCGUGCAGGGCGGGGCCCUGGCUGUGGCCAGCUCCCUGCAGAGGAAGGAGCCCAGGAGGCCGCCCUAGCCCUGGGCCGGCACAGCCUGGCACCUAGGCCCUGAAGAGGAGGGGAGAGGACCACGGCCCUGCCAGGCGCAGGGCUCCCCCAAGGACGCCCCGAGGAGGAGAAGGGGCCUCUCCUGGCAGGAGAGGGAGGGGCCAUGAGCCCAUGCACCUGCCCCUUGGGGGAACAGGAGCAGGAAACCCCGGCUGUCCCAGACUCUCGCCAAGGCCCAAGGUGUCAACGGGGGGUGCAGCCCUGGGGCAGGCCCAGACCCACGACUUGGGGUGAGAGCGGCCAGCAUCCACCGGGCUCAGCCCGCCUUGCCCAGCUCCCCAGGGCCAGCUGUCACCCAGCCCCCCGGGGCCGACUGUCGCCCAGCCAGGAGGAUUCCAGGCCCUGCUCCUUGCAGGUCCUGAAUAAAGCCAGUGCCUGCCUCCA